UAAUUUUAAAAUCCGUCGCGGCCAUUCAAACUGCGGUGAUCUCGUUGCGUAGUCGUAAUGAAACGACGCAUUUAACAAGUCGACAGUGGUGAAGAAGACGAUUUCAGGAGGAAAAAUUGUUUCAGUGUGCGCGUUCGUUCGCGUGUGUUAAAUUUUCAGGACCGUUUCUAAACCCCUCGGGUUCAUUCUCACGAACGUUAUCCUAACGAACGGUUCGUUCGGUUUCAUUUUAUAAAUAGCUACUAGGUGUAAAAUAGAUAUAACAGCAAAUGAGUAACUAAAGAUUUUUUUUGUUGGUGAAGAAUAAGGUGAAAUAAAAAGCAAAUCAGUGUAUAAAAUUGUUGUUAAGAUUUGUGAUUACUUUUGAGGUAGAUCGAAACAUCGGUGGAAGCACGUUACUGGAAUAUUUAUAACUCAUCCGGAAAAGAUAUCGUUAAUUUAUUAACACCCACGCAUCGAUUAGCCGCAAGCGUGUUUUUUUUUAUUUUGGAAUUGUUCCGUCGGAUAUUGAAAAUUAAAAUUUCCAGCGUUUUUAUUAAGUUUAAAAUUGAUCGGGUAAUUUAAACGAGAUUAAAAAAAUGGGUAGAAAAAAAACUAGAAGAAGCUAUCAACAGGUUGAGGAAGUUUAAUUAAAAAUUAUCCGAGGAAAAGAAAAAAGAAAACAAUGGAAAAUUUAACGGUUACGAUGAAUUCUACGGAUUUGGAUAUAGAACAAUCGAUAAGAUUCGUUGAAUCAUCGAGAUUUUGGAUACAAAGGGUUUUGGUGCCGAUUUUGGUUUUUAUAGGCGUAGGUGGAAACAUCGUCACCGUUAUGGUUUUAACCAGGUAUAUUGAAGCCAAUAGGAGAAGAAUGCGAUGUACAACAACGAUUUAUUUAACCGCAUUAGCAAUAGCUGACGUAAUUUAUCUCAUCUUUGUACUAUUACUGUCUUUGACGCAUUAUCCGAACAUACACAAUGAAAAAUAUAUGUUAUAUUGGAGAUUUUAUGGAAUUUCCCAUUGGUUAUGUGAUGCUGCAAGUAGUACAUCGGUGUGGUUAACAGUUUCAUUUACAGUUGAAAGAUACAUCGUAGUUUGCCAUCCAAUAAAAGGAAAAGUUUUAUGUACGGAAACCAGAGCAAAAAAUAUUAUUACAAUUAUAAGUUUAUUGUGUUUGUUAGCAACGAUUUCAACUACUUUUGAAUACCAAUUAGAUAUGAAGAAAAAAUGUAUAAAUGAAAAUAGAUGUCAAAACGAAAUUGAAAAUAAUUUAACUGAUGAUAAAAUAAAUUCUACAAUCUUAAGUAAUUUUACUAACAUUGAAAACAUUCAAGAUAAUCAUCAAAAUCAAUCGAAUCUUCUUUUUAUCGACAAUCUAUUUUUAAUUGAUCAGAAUAAGACUCUUCCUAAAAACUCGAAGGAUUGUGUUUGCCAAAAAGAAAAUGACGAAUUAACGGAAAAUCAUUCAAAUGAAACUGAUACUGAAAACAUAACCGAAUCAUUAUGUUUUAAUAGUACAUGCGGUAAACUGGUUUACACAAUAUACACGGUUCCAACAUCUUUAGCAGAAAACGACACCUAUAUUACAAUAAUGUAUUGGUUUUCAUCGUUAACAUUCGGAAUUUUACCACUAAUUCUUAUUGCAACGUUUAAUUGCUUUUUAAUUCGGGCACUUUACAUUUCCCAAGUGACCAGGAAGAAGAUGACUAAGAAUCAGGAAAGCGUUACUCAAACUCAAGAAAAUCGAAUUACUCUUUUAUUAAUUAGCGUUGUUAUACUUUUUUUAAUCUGUCAAACACCAACAGCUACAUUUUUAAUUUAUGAUUCUAUUGCUCGUACAUCAGAUCCUUAUACAAAUAAUAUAAAAAGAGGAUUAGGAAACAUUUUUAAUCUUCUUCUGGCCGUUAACGCUUCGUGUAAUUUUAUUUUAUACUGCGUUUUAUCCGAUAAAUAUCGUCGUACAUUUAAGGCGAUGUUUUGCGAACGGAAAUUGAAUAGAAGUGAGACACUGGUGAUGUCGCGCAGUACAAAUUCGACACGCUUCAAUAUGCACUCCAACGGUUUUCAACGAUGCAAAACUCAGUACGGAAAUACGCCGAGAACGCUGGAGGUAACUAUUUACAUGUUUAACAAGCACAAGUACGUUAACACCUACCACCUGCGCGUUACCGUUUGACGACGACCGGAAAUAAAAAUCUAGAAAUCUGAAUGUUUUGAGCUCUCAGUGCAAUGAGAACGGCAAAAAUGAUGAAGCUUAGCGGCUAUAAAUUCUAUCUCCCUUAGGCAAAACCGACACAAAGUUUAACAAGUAUUCCACGAUCCAAGUCUUUGAUGGUAAGAUCCAUUGGAAAUGCAAAAUCCUCAGAUUUAGUGGUUUAAAU